AUGAGGCUGGGAACAGCACAGGGUCACCCUCCGGUGGCUGGCCUGUUCUCCAUCCUCUAGGCUACCGCCUGCCCAUGGACAGUACCAUAACCCUGGUUCAGUGGUGGAAAAAGUACCCCAUUUUAAAAGUAAAGAUACCUUAAUAGAAAAUAACUCAAGUAAAAGUGAAAGUCACCCAGUAAAAUACUACUUGAGUAAAAGUAAAAAAAAGUAAUUGGUUUUAAAUAUACCUAAGUAUCAAAAGUCAAUGUAAUUGCUCAAAUAUAACAUUAUAAAUCAUUUCAAAUUCCUUAUAUUAAGCAAACCAGAUGGCACGAUUUUCUUGUUUAUUUUAAUUUACGGUUAGCCAGCGGCACAUUCCAACACUCAGACAUCAUCUAUAAACGAAGCAUUUGUGUUUAGUGAGUCCGUAGCGAUGACCAGGGAUGUUCUCUUGAUAAGUGUGUGAAUAUGACAAUUUUCCUGUCCUGCUAAUCAUUCAAAAUGUAACGAGUACUUCUGGGUGUCAGGGCAAAUGUAUGGAGUAAAAAGUAUGUUAUGUUCUUUAGGAAUCUAGUGAAGUAAAAGUAUUCAAAAAUAUAAAAUAGUAAAGUAAAGUAAAGAUAAAAAAAAAAAACUACUUAAGUAGUACUUUAAAGUAUUUUUACUUAAGUACUUUACACCACUGCCCUGGUUCCAUGUUGAUGCCAUCAAUGGGUUAUGUCCCUCUAGGUAUGGACAGUGCCAUCACGUUGUGGCAGUUCCUGUUGCAACUGUUGUUGGACCAGAGUCAUAAGCAUCUGAUCUGCUGGACGUCCACUGACGGGGAGUUCAAACUGCUCAAGUCUGAGGAGGUGGCCAAGCUAUGGGGGCUCCGCAAGAACAAGACUAAUAUGAACUACGACAAGCUGAGCAGAGCUCUGAGAUACUACUAUGACAAGGUAUUACAUUUACACUACACAGACAGUACACUACCACUACUCACACACUGACUACAGCAAGACUACACAGACAGUACACUACACAUAAAGAACAAGACUAAUAUGAACUACGACAAGCUGAGCAGAGCCCUGAGAUACUACUAUGACAAGGUACAGGCCUUUUGUUUGUUUGACAUUUGGUUUGAUGUUACCUCUCUCAAAAGGUACAAGCACUCUUGUAUUAGAAUACUCCCACGCACAAUUAUCUCUGCACUGUUUAUUUGACAUUUCGGUCGAUGUGAUAUUUCUCAAAUGGUAACUCAAAUAGUUUGUUGUUCUUCUUUUUCAACCAAAGAUCCCCACUGGCAGAUAGUUCCACCUCCUCUUCUUUCACCUAACAAACAGCACCGCCUGUAGAAAAUGAUGCAUCGCACACACACACACACACUGUAGGAUUUCAGACAUUUUGUAAUCAUUUCAAUCAAUUCAUUUUUCUAUGAAUGGAAUGUUGACAUCGAAAUGGCUGGGUCAACAUUGAUCAUUUAGAGUGCUGUUAUUCAUUGACAAUAGAAAUUAAAAUGUAUGUUGUCUCAUCUUGUUAUCAGCUCAUAAAUGUGUAUUAAAGCUUUUGUUUGUAAUUAUAUGCAUGGAUAGAAUAAAAAGGGAAUUCACAAAAAAAACAACAUUUUAAGGUUCAACCUGCACACUAAUCUCAUAAUGUGUUCCAGAACAUCAUCAAGAAGGUGAUCGGCCAGAAGUUUGUCUACAAGUUUGUCUCGUUCCCGGAGAUCUUAAAGAUGGACCCAGCAGCUGUAGAGAUGGGCUUGACGUCCGGCCGGGUGACACUCCACGAGAACCAGGACAUCCAGGACCUGGACGUAGAGGAGGAGGAGGAGGAGGAGGAGCAGGAGGCGCAGCAGCAGAGGAGGGCCCUGGGGGCAGCGUUGGGGGCGGCUGUGGCGGCCCAGCAGGCUGUGUGUCAUAACAACUACCUCCGCUCUGGCCUCUACUCCUCCUUCAGCAUCAGCUCCCUCCAUCCACCUCCAGAGGAGCUGCUCCGGGCCCUGAGGGAGAGACAGCAGGACUCCCCCCGCUCCGGAGUCAUCCGCUUUGGGACGGGUACCACCGACAGGACUCCACCCUCACCGUCCCUCAUCAAGCCUGAGCCUUCAUCACAAUCCUUCAGCACCCACAGGCCAUUAAAACCCUCCCCUCUCCACCAUCACACCCACCACCAGCGCCACUCUCCGUCCUCCUCCCCCCACAGCCAUAACCCCCAGCCAGGGCCAGGCCGAGGAGGCUGGAGCCCAGAGGCUGAAGAGGAGGAGUGGGGGGAGGACUCUGACCAGGGAGCCCAGCCUCUGAACCUCUCUUCUGGGCACAGAGAGAGAGAGCGGGCCCUGCAGCCUCCGGAGAAGAGGACCAGUGGUGGUAGUAGGGUUAGUGGUAGUAGUCAUGGAGACAGUUGUCAUGGACUCCCACCCAAAACCAAGAAGCCCAAAGCCCUAGAGAUCUCCGCCCCCUCCCUGCUCCUGACAGGAAGUGAUAUCGGCUCGAUAGCCCUCAAUAGCCCCGCCCUGCCGUCUGGAUCCCUCACCCCCGCCUUCUUCACUGCACAGGUAUGAUGAACUAUACUGCUACUUGACAUGAUACAGCAUGCAAUGCCAGUGAAUACUUAACACUAGCGUCAUCUGGCACUUAAUAAACCCUAUUCACAACAUAAAAAGUCGGGUAAACUGAGUUUACAUGAUGAAUUUAUCUUCUACUACAUCACUGAUUUCACUCCAUAUCAUGUUGUUGUUGUUGGGGAAGACUUGCCCCUCACAUCUCACUCAUGAGUGAUGCUAGCUGAUCUUCUUUAAGAUAGAGAAGAACAGUGUUGCAGUGAUUUUUGUGUCCUUCCCAUCUGUUCUGAGGCCUGCCUGGCCAUGGGGAGAUGGAGGCUGGAGUCUAUCCAGAGUUCCAGACCAUGACAUCAGUGUCCCAAAGCCCAGCUAGAGCACCAAGGCACUGCAGUGCCACAGGCCUAGACCGCUCAGCCACAUCUGACGCAGUCUGGCAGGGGAAACACUUCUAGAUGAUAUGGGCCCUUCUACAGUACUAUGUUAAAAUACAGAUUUUUCAGCGUGUAUUUUAGUUAGUGUUUUCUUUGUCACGUAAAACGGAUGGAAAAAUAAGGAAAGUUAAAAAUCAUGAGGCUUCGCUGAACCACAUUUUCAUCAUCAGAAAGAAGACAUUGACUUCUCCACAGACAGAGGUACAGCUUAUACAGAAACAACAGCUGAAACACUGUUUAUAGCGGUGCAAAGUAAGAUCAGAGGAAAAACAAGAGAUUUACACAAAUCCUGUCCUAGUCAGAGAGCGAGAGAGGGGUAUGGGGGGGGGGGGGGGGGGUGAUGGGGGGGGCUAAGUGAUGCCAUAUGCUCCAAUCAUUCCAUUAAUAGUAAAGGAAAAGGCAGGCAGACCAGGCAUGCAGGGCCGGGUCCCUCCACAACACUGGCUUACGUCUCCAUUUGGAGUUGACAAGGGAGAGAGGGGGGGGAGAGACGGAGGGGGAGAUACAUUUAUUUCAUAUGAUGCUCUCCCUCCCUCACCCCACUACCUCACCCAUGUAUUGAAAGGAGGAACCAGACUUCCUUCUUGUUUGUGCUGUUCAUAAUAACACCAAGUUGAGAGUAAUGGCCAUUUUGUAUUUCAGGAUGUUUUCACAUUGACCUUGUGAUUCAUACUUUCAAAAUGUACUAACCUCAAGUGAAGAGUUUUUAUUUCAGUGGUCAUUGCAGUUAUUAUCACUGAUACAAAACUGACAUACUCUUUACUCCCCCCCCCCCUCCCCCUCCCCCCUCCCUCCCUAGACUCCAUCUGGCCUGCUGCUGGCCCAUAGCCCUCUGUUAUCAGGCAUUCACUUCUGGAGCAGCCUGAGUUCCGUAGCUCCUCUGAGCCCGGCCCGGCUUCCAGGACACGGUUCACCGUUUCAGGUAAAAACUGGAGGGAGGGAGGGAGUGAAAGACAGGAGAAGUGCUGAAUGGACUGUGUUUUUUUGUUUACUCCUCAAGAUGGGUAGUUGAGGAGGGAGUUCAGGGAGGGAGAGAAAGAGGAAUGGAGGGAGAGAGAGAGAGGAGGGAGUGAAGGAGAGACAGAUCGGGUUAAAGAACAGAGAAGUGCUGAAUGGACAGUGUUUUUUUGGUUUGAUCGCCGGAGCCUGUUUGUUUCCCCUGAGGAUGGAGUUCUUAGAAAGACUGUUGAAUUCCACUCAGCUGUAAUGAUGAGCAUAGGGCAGGGGAAGCCCACACUGUUGCUUUCCGUUGACAUUUCCCACCUGGCAGAAUAAUGUAUGCUAAUGUAUGUCAGGUAGAAUAAAUGUUAGCAUUUCUCUCCCGUUCUCCAACCCCCUGACUUGCCCUGGUAAUAUUGACAAAACUUUUUUCACAUCCAUCACUAUCAAUUUGAUCUUAAGUACACUUACCUGUAAUUCUACAUUCUAGGUCAUUUUAAGAUGUUCUAUAAAAUGGGGCACUUAGUGCGUGUAUGAAUUGGACACCAAGAUGACAAGUCUUUGUUACUGAGUGACUGUGACUGCAAUAACAGACACCGACCUGACAUUAGGAGAAGCUCUUUCGUCUCCAAGUCAGUAUACCUCCAGUUUCAGCGUUAGCAUAGGCAGAGAGGGAGAGGAUAUCCUGUGAAUACUUCCUGUUUGAGCCCAGGGGAGCCGAGCCAGUCUGAACAGAACAGGCUGGACUGGUUUCUGAGAGGGCUGAUCCUGGGCAGGCAUCCCAAAUGGCACCCUAUUCCAUAUAUUAGUGCACUACCUUUGACCAGAACCUUAUGGGCCCUGGUCAAAAGUAGUGUGUUAUGUAGGGAAUAGGGUGCAAAUUGGGACGCAGACCUGCUCCUCAUUUGUGCAGCUAUCUAGCCCUUCUCCUCCCCUCCCAGCAUCACACACACACACACACACACACACACACAGCUAAGCAGCCUCUUUGUGUACAAUGCAUAGUUCACUCACUUCACCCUCUAUAGAACCUGUUGUGGUGGUAGAAACACUCAGGAGGGAGAGAGGGAAGAGGCACAGUGCAUAGAACAGGAAACCAGGAUUACAGUUCCUGUGGUGAUAGGGGCAGACCUGGGGUGUAUUCAUUAGUCAGAUUCUGUUGCAAAAAUGUUUUGGCAGUUGCAAAACAUUUUGCAAUGGGAACUGUUUCCUCCAAACUGAAAACGUUUUUUUCAACGAAAACAACAGUUUCUAUUGGACAACCUCAGGUAGGUCCCUCCCCAUUUGCUUCCUAAAGUAAAGGCUAAAUGGUGUCCGUUGCAAAACGUUUUGCAACAGACAAAACGUUUUACAACGGAAUCCGACUAAUGAAUACACCCCUACGCCAAGGCUUCUGUGAAGUGGAAACAUCGUGAAUUUGUUGCAAGGAUUGAAACACCAUGGGGCAGCAUUAUAUACAGCGUGCAGGACUCUUCUUUCUUCAUUCACUGUUAUGUUUGCCCAGCACUAGUUUUAGAAAGUUCAGGAGCAUUGGCUGAACCUCCACACCUCUCUCUCUCGCUGUCUCUGUCCACAGUUCCCCAGCCUAAUGAAUGGACACCUCCCCCUGCCAAACCUGGAUGGGUCCCCCUCACCCCUGCUCCUGUCCCCUGCCAAUCACAAGUCCUGA